GUCUCGUACUGACCUGCCGGCGGCCACGACUAUGAACUCGCCAUCACCCUCGCCCUCUAGCGAAUCCUCCGGCUCUCCUCCGCCUGAGGAAAUACAGGAGGAGAAGCCUCUCAGUCAAUCCAGCGGUAUCCUAGGCCACCUACGUGACGCAGGUGCAGCCGGGUCUCCAUCCAAACGGCGGUUGCCUGGUGGCUCAUCCUACGGCGCGUCACAAAGCUCGCGCGAUCCGAAAACGCGCAGGCGUGAACGGGAAGAGGGAGGAACGAGGAGAAAUGCUGGUACGACGAACGAGCGCGGUGCAUCCAGUGGCGGGGCAUGGACUUCGCAGGAGAAAGAACGGGGACCCAAAGAGGAAUUGGCAGAUGUCGCUUUAUCUGAGCUGCUAAAGAAAGCGGUUGGCGAUCCUUUUGACGAUUCGGCGAUCAAGAGUAGUGCGGAUUGACCGUACCGAUAGCCGAUUUCGCGCAUAUCGCCCCAUUGCACUGGACACGAAUUCCCUUUACACGAACAU